AGAUGGGCGAGAAGAUCUUCGAGAGCGCGCAGUCAAGGCUGAGCUUCGACCGCCACCUUUACUUCACCAACUUCUCGACGCUGGGACUCAAGAUGCCCGUGUACCUGAACCUCAUUAGGACCCCGUUUUACUACGCCCGCGUGACCCCCCGCCCCGGCGCCGUGACCCCCUCGGGAUACCACUACCCCCACCCCCCCGCCACGCCACCCUCGAGGAGUGCGUCGCGCCGCCCACGACCCGAGUGCACCUUCGUGAGUGGGCGCUGUAUGACCUCUCGAUUCCUUACUUCUGCGGACAUGAGGAUUUUGCAGAUAAAACAGACAUGUCAAAGAACAUCCACUGUACCAACUGGAAUUAAAACCGAAAAAAAAACUAAAAAAAAAAUCUUUCCUUCCUUCCACCACAGGGAACUCAACAACAUGGCGGCCCUCAACACAGCCAAGACCAACGUCGAGAGAUGGUAUCCUGUGGUGGGGAUCUUGGAAGACCUCAACGCCACCUUGGCCGUCCUGCAGGAUCGACUUCCGGGCUUUUUCGAGGGAGUCCUGGAUAUGUAUUACAAUCAGCUGUUAGCGCCCCACCACAACCGCAACAGACAUCGACCCAGCGUGAGCCAAGACAUCGACCUGGCGCUGAGGAAGAAUCUCACGACGGAAUACGAAUUCUACGACUACAUACGACAGCGACUCACACUUCAGUACCAGGAUUUGAAGGGACGGGGAGGUUGAGGAGGAGGUGGAGGAAGUGGAGGAGG